UCUCUCUCUCUCUCUAUAUAUAUAUAUAUAUAUAUAUAUAUAUAUAUAUAUAUAUACUCAGACCGUACUUUGUUAAGAGAGCAACUCAGGCAUCGUUCAAGGGGACUCAUUUUAGAUCAGUUCGUGGCGGGAGGUCAGCCACAGAAGCUGGCAGCAGUAGUGCUAUAGAGUAUAGACAUGGCACAAGAAAAUGUGGAGAUAACCUGCUUCAUCAAAAAUGUGGACAACAGGUUCCGCCUCGCCCCACCAAAAGCAGACCUAUUCACACCGUUGUACGUCUCCAUCGGCCCGUACCACAUGAACAGUGAUCUCCCGACGGGGAAGGAGGAGAAGGAAAGAAACCUCGACAAAAUCCUGCAGGAUCAGGUGACGCGAGGCGGCGCAGCAAGCAACAGUUCGGCGGUUAAGAACGGCUGGCUUACCCUGCUGAAUAAUCAUAUGAGUGACGCGUUACGCUACUACGGGUGGAAUCCUGACUUGUUAACUCCGACACGGAAGGAUGAAUUCCUGAACAUGUUACUUGAGGACGGAUGCUACAUCCUAUCCAAGUUCGUAGUUCCAACAAUCGGCAUUGCACGAGGAAGCUGGCAACGACAACACGUGCCACCCCAGCACCUAGAACACGACAUCAUCUACCUCGUUGAGAAUCAGAUACCGUUCUUUAUCCUGGAGAAAAUCAACGAAAUAACUGGUUUGAUCCCUACUGCUGGCGGCUCGCAGCUGGUACGCCAUUUUUGUUCAUACAUCGCAGAGUAUAUGCUCAAGUUACGCGGUUACGCGGUAGGCCGGCGAUCGGUAUGUGGAGAUGCAGAUGCCGACUCCCAGUCAUCUUCUGCACUUGCUUCACAUACUCUUGAACGGACGACCUCAGGCGGUCGAGCAGACAUUGGCAACAGAUGGGCAGGAUUCCACAGCGAUCCAGAUUACACGUUUCCUGCGUUGGCGCCCCGCCAAGCAGUAUGACAUGGUUUGUGUGAAUCUCACCGGCGUCGACCUGAUCUCAAUCUUAAAGGGCUGCCACGAUGGAAAAUGCAAGGCACGCUCCAUCCUCGACGUGGAGCCCCGACGCUGCGGCAUAGGGCUCGAAUUCCCCAGCCUGUACCUUGAUAGCGAGACGUUCUGCAUGCUUCGCAACCUGAUCGUGCUGGAGCAGCAGAACGCCAAUACGCUCCAGCAAUAUCGCGUCACGGCAUACUGCACGCUCAUGUCCCAGCUGGCAAGCACGGCGGAAGACGUCCAACUGCUGUCGGCGAACCGUGUAGCCGACCACCUCAUGGUCCAUGCAGAUUGCGCCAAGCAAUUAACUGAUCUCUGCAAUGGGAUCAUCUUCGACAUCGACAACCCGACCCUCAACUACCUGCGGGAUGAAUGCGUGAUGCUGGAGAGGCGUUGCCGGAGUCGUCCUUUCAAAUGGAUGGCGUGGAUGCGGCGCAAGUACUUCCGCAACCCCUGCAUCGCCGUCGGCUCUGUGAUUGCCAUCAUCAUCACCGCGUUCGCCGUGCUGCAGGCGGUCUAUACGGUCCUAAAGCUCAAGGGAAAAGUGAAAUAAUCUUCUAGUACUAAUAAAUACGCUUGUGUAUAAAGUGCUUGUAUGCCCGUUGGGGCUUUUUAAUUACCUAAUCGUGCGAUAUGGAACACCAAUGUACGUAUAUAUAGCCAUAUAUAUAGGCAUGAAUAAGUGUGAUUUCAAUGUUUGCCCUAUAUUGUAAUAUUACAUUUUAUACUUAUACUACCACUAUGAGUAUGGACGGUUUGUAAUAAUUCCCUAAUUUUUACACGUACUUUGGAUCAUAAUUCACUCGUAAAAAAUAUUUUAGCAAA